AUGACGAGAAUUCUCAUUAUUGGCGGGAUACGUUGGAUAAGCAUUGGCAGCAUCCCUUCGUGGGAGUGGCCACCAAGUUUACAGUUUCACUCGCCGCAAGAAUGUGGUGCAGACCCUGGCGACACGAGAGAUUAUUCUGGUGAUUGGGAGUGCCUCAGAAAGCGCGCCAAGCAAGACAGCAGGAAGGUCUUCUCCGAUGUCUGGUCUCUUUCAGAAAAGAGAGUACAACAAGAUGGGACAGCUCCGAAGGUGGGAUAUAUUUAUGUCAGUGGAUUGACCGCUGCACGACAAAGGAGUUCAUCUGUGGCGGUUUCCAUUGAUCUCAAGUCACACUUCGGACCGAUUCAUGUUGAUGACCUCGCCCGAGGUAUCCAUCUUACCGUGGACAAACUGCCUUUCUUGCACUCAUCGGAGAUCUAUCCAGUCUUCAAUUUUUGCACCAGUAUUGAAGAAAAACUCAUCGAUAUUGUCGAGGCCACAGCAAUAGCCUACGCAUACGAUGGAGAGAUACAAUCUACAGCUCCAUACAAUGCGUUCACUCCGACAAUGAAUACCAGUAUCGAAGAUGCCGACUGUUCGAGGGCGAAGCAGAGCUUGGGAUGGUAUCCGCAAAGACUGGAAGGGUUUGUUCGUGGCAUGGAUGUAUACGCCACAGCGUUGGAAGUAAAAUUACCGUUUGAUUGUACUUCAAAGCGCGCUGUCAUCAGUAUCUAG